UUUGCGCACGACUGGCUCAUGUGAACUACAAUACUGUGUUUUAACGUUUAGAAACUAUCUAAUUAUCAUCGCUUUCGAAACAUAUGGACCUUGUCUUUCAUCAGCGAGAAAGAAUCCUUCAAAUAAAAAAGAUACACAUACUGUAGCAGUUUUGCACAGAUGGAUACAGCUAUGGGUACAUCCAUCUGACGAAACUACACUUCCGAGUUACACAAGUGUUCGGGGGACACUAACUUAGAUAGCUAAUUAGCACAGGUGGUCGCCUCUGGUCUUGUCAAUUUUCCUUAAACAACACAUAACACAUGGCCGUGUGGGAACACAAACAUUUUUCUUCAUGGUAUGUUUGAUAAGGUCCUAAUGAUUCAAAAACGGUUCUGCAAGCGUCGCGUGUUAAUGUAAAGAUUUGAGAGUCGGGGGUCUUAAAGUCCCCCGUACAGAAGUUGCCUUUGUCCAAGGACUCUUAUGUGUAAUGUAAUGGAACUGAGAGUCGUUAUCAAGGGCUAGAUAGAAACAGGCUGACAAUAUUUGUAGAAUCAAUAUUACUGCUAUGUAAUCACCCAGAGGUUCAUCUAGAUUUUUUUCAAGAAAUUGAGCAUACAGUCACAGAUGGAGGUAGGAAAGCUUUUUUUUCUUAGACGGAUUUAUCGAUAAGAAUAUUUGAUGCAAUUUGUGUGGCACUGUGAUACAUGUGCCACCUGUUGACAGAAGUUUGCAAUGCAGCUUGGUGCAGACACGUCAAUCCAUUGGUUGCAUUAUAUCACGUGUGUGAAUCGAAAGAUGGCGUCUCCAAAUGGAGGUGAUGAUUUUGAAUCAUCUCUGCUGAGUUUUGAGAAGCUGGAUAGAGCAUCUCCUGACCUAUGGCCAGAGCAAUUGCCAGGAGUUGCAGAUUUUGCUGCAUCAUGCAAAAAUCCAAUUACCAAUUCUCCGCCCAAAUGGAUGGCUGAACUGGAGAGUGAGGACAUUGAAAUGUUAAAAGAGCUGGGGAGCCUGACCACAGCCAACCUGAUGGAGAAGGUCAAAGGGCUACAGAACUUGGCCUACCAGCUGGGCCUUGAGGAGUCCAGGGAGAUGACCAGGGGAAAGUUCCUGAACAUCCUGGAGAGACCCAAAAAGUGAAGACCCAGGAUGUGUCUGCACAGAGAGUAAUACAACACCCAGACGACUGACUUUUGAGACAGAAGAGGAAUCAGACCUAUGCCUUUAUGUAUACACUCAUACUACUACCACCACCAUCAAGUCCCUGGAUUUGAAUAUUGACACUGGGGCUAAAUUCAUUCACUGCGGAAUUCCCCUCGAGUCAAAGGGCUGCAACACUAUUCACCCCCUGACCUGUACAUUUCUUUUGUCCUUUAUAAUGUUUUGAAAUGGUGAAUUACUUUCCUGUUUAGCUAGCUUGCAGGACUAUUUUGAAAUGUGUAUAUUCUGUAUUUAUUAUUUUUCUAUUUGGAGCAUUCUAAAAAAAAAAAAGUGCAAUUUGUUUAAUUCUUUAAAAAAUUGAAUAAAUUGCUCCCUCUUUUAGGCUAUAACAUUUUUAUUAAUUGUCCUUGUAAUUGGUAAUUACCCUCAGUGUGCAUCUAUGGAUACAAUUUCAUCUUUCAAUGGUUUAGGAUACAAUUAAAUUCACUUCAGAAACUGG